AUGGUCCACGUGGUCGUGUUCCAAAACGACCCGAGACCUUUUUUUGAAGCGGUCUCCCUCCAGUGGAAUCCCCAGUACCUGCUUUUCUUUAGCGCGUCGAACGUGACCAAGAAUAACUUACUACUGGAAGAUACCUUCAAGGGCAUCGAGAGGUUACUGCUUGUUGAGAAGACGUACCUAACAAGCUCUGCUAGUAGGCCCGUGUCAGGAAUGUUCACCUCGUUUCCGUUUGAAGAGAGAAAGAUCAAAUCUAUUGGCAUCUGGAGCAACACGAAGUUUGCCUCAAAGGAAGACCUCUUCGUCGACCGCUUCGAGUCGUUCAGAGGUUACGAGUUCCAGCUCGGAACGUGGUUGGACGAUUACCCGUACCUCUAUCAGUCGAAGACGAAGCCGGAGGGUUACGGCGAUGGCUUAGAGGUUGAGAUGCUCGACGCCAUGGCCAGAGUGCUCGACUACAAAUACAACUUAACGAAGGAAUCGCCAGACAUGAUGUGGGGGGCGUUCGAAAAUGGCUCAUGGAACGGGAUGCUGGGGAUGGUGCACCGCAAGGAGAAGAACUUCACCGUCAACUACUUCGUCAUCACAGGCGAGAGAGUCGACGCCUUCGACGCCUCUGUGUCCUACUGGAUGGAGGGAUUCGGGAUGUCGUUGAUGUCCCCGCCGCCGCUUCCGAAGUGGAGGGGAGCUUACUAUUCUUUCACGCCCUUCGUAUGGCUCUCCCUCGCCGUCACCUUCGUCCUCGUCUUGAUUAUUAUAUCAAUACAGGAUAUGCUACAGCCCGAGCCUUUCUUGGGUGGCGUGGGCUCCACGUGGCCGUACCUCCUGCGGGCGAUGUUCAACAACAGCAUCCCGCGCCUGCCGAAGGCCCACUGGCAGCGCCUGUUCGUGGGGUCGUGGUGGCUGUACUGCUUCAUCCUGACCACCGCCUACACGGCCAACCUCAUCGCCUUCCUCACCAUCCCGGUCUUCCCCGGACGCAUCCAGACCGUCCAGCAGCUCGCCGAGAGCGAUUACAGGUUGACUCUUUUUCUGUCUCUCUGUCUGUAUGUCUGUCUACUGUUCGUGCCAGGAGCCCUGAAGACGUCUAAGGACCCUCACUACAGGGCCCUCGGCGAUAAGAUGGACCUGUUUCAGAACUACAAUGACUCCGUAUUCCCCAUGCUGGACGGGACGUACGCCUACAUCGAGAGCUUCUCUUAUAACCGCAUUCUUGUUUAUGUGGAAUAUAAGGUGGAGAACUCAUACAUGCUGAGGGAGCAACUGUACCCCGGCCACCUGUGCUGGUACUUCCAAAAGAACACGGCCUGGAAGUACAAGUUCGACCAUGGGAUACGGCGUCUGGUGGAGUCCGGUCUGAUCGCACACUGGAUCAAGGUCAAAACCGAAGACUUCCUGGGCCGUGACUUCGAGCGCAAGCAACAGCUUCGGGCAAAGGAGAGGGAAAACCAAGCCCUGAGCCUCGAGCACCUGCAGGGCGUGUUCUUCAUCCUCGCCAUGAGCUGGGCGGCGGGCGGCCUCGUGUUCGCCGGCGAGGUCCUGCGACACCGGUGUGAUCUCGACUGA